CAGGGACGAGCCGUGCGGAGGACGGACGCUGCUGCAGCCGCAGAGCAGACUGCUGCGAGACGCAAGAGAGCAGCCAGGGCACGAAACGUCCGGCGACCACACGGCAACUUUGCAGAGACAACAACCGACAGCCAUAAUGCGGCACAGCCCGCCAACAACCCCGGAGCUGAUGUGACUGCUCACACCCCAAAAAAGUAGGAGAGGAAGCGGCGGUCACUACCACCACCACCACCGCCUCUCCUCCCCGGCGUUUGCCUCGCAGGUCGGUCGGUUUGUCUGGAGGACAUGGACACGUUAAGCGUAGACGACGAUCAGAGAUGGGUACCGACACACGUUCAGGUGACGGUGCUAAAAGGCAGGGGAUUACGGGGCAAGGGCAAGCACGGCACCAGCGAUGUGUACACCAUCAUCCAGCUGGGGAAGGAGAAAUACUCGACCUGCGUGGUGGAGAAGACUACCGAGCCGGAGUGGAGGGAGGAGUGCUGCUUCGAGCUGCAGCCCGGCGUGCUGGAGAGAGGCGGGCGGUGCGCAUACCCGGCCGGGAGCAACGAGCUCAUCCUCAUCGUGAUGCACCGGGCUCUGAUCGGGCUCGACGUGUUCCUCGGACAGGCUGUGAUCCAUCUGGAAAAGGUGUUUCACGAGAGUAGAUGCCUGAAAAACGAGUGGUACAGACUCAACUCCAAGACGGGGAAGAAGGAGAAGGAGCGAGGAGACAUUCAAGUCACCGUCCAGUUCACCAGAAACAACCUGACAGCCAGCAUGUACGACCUGGUCAUGAAGGACAAGACCGGAUCCACGUUCCGCAAGCUGAAAGAUCGCAUAAAGGGGAAGAGGAGAGCCAGCGAAGAGGACUCCUCGUCGGCCGUCGUACCGAGCGGCUACGGGUCCGUGUACCGAAUGCGCCAGCGGAUGCCCAGCGACGGAGGCGGGGAGGAGGAUUACGAGGACGACGAGGGGGGCGAGGCCCGUCGGAGCAAGAUGAGGAACUUUUUCCUGAGAGGGAAGCUGAGGAAGUCGUCGGACACUCGUUCCAGCACAUCGCUAGGUUCAGAGAGCAGCGAGUCGUCUCGGGGAGGGAGUCUCAGCCCCACAGCUGGCAUCAGCGUGGUGGUCUCUGACCUCUCCAACUCGCCCAGUAACAGCAGUAACCUGACAGCAGAUAACAGUCCAGAGCACACAGCAAACACAUCACCCAGGUCGUCUUCUCUCAGAUGUGAGUUCGGUGAUGAGACCGGUGAGAUCACCAUCGCAGUGCCUCAGCCCACUGUGUGCGUUAACGGAAGCCAUGCUUACAAAGUCCAACACCUGGACCCAGGCUCAGGAAAACCUGCAGAUUCUUUAGGCGUGGGACUGUUGCAGAAGUCGUUGCCUCUCUCCAUGUCUCUACAGAACCUCAGCCCGCGAGCCGACACGGACCUCCCCAAAGGCACGGUCGGAGACGGACGCCGCUGGUCUUUUGACAAGCCCGGCGAGGAGGAGAAAGCUGCCAUAGCGGCGGCCCUGGAGCAAAGCGGACCCAUGGUGGGUGACGAAGAGGAGUGCUUGGAACAGCCUGCUCCUCCCUCCUCCUCUUCGGCGGAGUCGGAGAGUCAGGGGAAAAAGCAGAGGAGGAACUUGUUCUCCCAUGGGAAGAGUGACUCUGCGGGGAAAAGGACGAGUCAGUCCAAGGAUGAGUCUGAACAGGCCCACGCUGCCACUGAGGAGAAACACAGGGGAUGGUUCGGAUCAAAGGACUCACACAGCAAACCUAGCCUGGUGGUGUCACCUAAACUAGAGCCCAGCACUGACCCCCACCCUCCACCUCUCCCACCUAGUCACUACCCGCCGGGUCUCCCUGUAGAUCCUUCCUCUCUGCAUCACUCUAACCCCUUCUGUCACUCACAGACCACAUCACCUCCCAUGUCCCCCUGCAACCCUUUCUUCUCUCUCGUGCAGCACAACCCUUUCUAUGAAGACAUGCUAACUGCUCAGCCACUAAAACCUUCGCUGCCUCCUCUGCCCUAUCUCUCCAGCUCCCGGCCCCCCAUAGCUCUACUCUUUCCGCAGGCGAGUAAGCCUAACCUCACCCUGACCCACGACAGCACAACUACAAAGGACUCCAUCACUGGCUCUGGUACAAAGAGUGACGUGAUGGUCAAAGUUAGGAAACGUCCCCUUCCUCCUACUCCCGUGGAAAAGGAGAAACAUUUAAGCAAGAAGUUGUCCAACCCUUUUAUGUCUGCUGGGGAGCUGGAACCGGAUUCAGAGUGGGACGAAUCCUUUGAAGCGUUUGCAGCUGGCAGGCUGCAGUCUCCCGAGGAUCUGACCACAGAUUGCAAAACACAGCAAAACACACCCGGUGGCUGUCCACUGGAGCACUGCAAUAAUAAAGGAACCUCACCACCCAUAGCAGAUGCUCAUCAAAUCACAAAUGUGAAGGACUCACUACAUCAGCGACCUUUAGGUAUCACUUUAAGUAGCAGCACAGAAUCCUCAUUUGAAGCACAUAAAGCUACUUGUGUGGUGACCGACACUAACACGCAUCACUUUGACACAUUUCUGCAAUGUCUUGACACAAUCCCAGAAUAUGGGAGCUUUGAGGAUCACAAUAAAAUGUUUAACACUUCAGCUAACCCACCAAAACUGGAUGCUUGCUUUGAAAGUUUUGAAGCUAACAGCACUACUAACACAAACGUUUUAACCGACACUAACACGCAUCAAUCCCCGUUCCACGCCAUGGCUCUAAAACUCAACAGCAGCUCCCCAGAUCCUGGUUCUUCGGGUCUCGGCAGUUUAGCAGAAGACGAUUUCCUGUCCUGCUUCUCUUCGUCAGAGAAGUUCUCAGCAUCCUCUUCAGACGACGCCGAGGCACAGAACUUCUCCGGCUUUGAGAUAUCAACCGAGUCAACCAUGGUAAACAAUCUAAAGCAGUCAGAGUCAGAAGAUGACGUUGCCGACAGGUCUAAGGAGCUGUCUUUAGUUGAUGUAGGGGAGCAAACUGUUAUUCAGCACUGGGAUGAUGACAAAAAGAUAGAUUUGAACACUUCAGAAGGGGCCUUGGCACCUCAGUCACCAGUCCUUACAUAUCAGCAGCCUGUGAUCACAGCAAAGGAGACAGAAAGUGAAAGCAGAGAUAAUUGGACACCAAACUUUUCCAGUGUCAUGUAUCCUGACCUGCUGCCAAAACUCUCUUCAGACUCAGAGCUACUGCCGAAGCCCGAUGUCUCUUUACAGCCUGACAAUGAAAAUGAAGAGAAAGCCAAAGAUGAAGCUAUAGUGGAUUUUUCAGAAGAGCUAAAUGGUUCCUCUGUAACUGCUAAUAGCGACACAGAUAAGAUGAUUUCUUCCACUCCAGAUGAUGAACUCUGCUCCACUCAUCCAUCACUGUACAUCAUAACCUCCUCCCCCGGUGUCAGCCAGCGUUUGUCAGACUCACCCUUCGAGAGCACUAGUUUAGGAGGGCAGGCUGCCAACCAGCACUCUCUCGUGCCAUUCAGGCUUCUUGAUGAUUUCCUUGACACCAGUCACAUCGAGAGCAGUCCUGGCCGUGACAUAAAAGCGUCCGAUCAAAACGCCAGCAGCCUUCUACAAAGCUUGUACGAGAGCCCCGACUCGCAGUAUUACCAAAGCUGCCAGUCUCAACCAUCCUCCAAAUGCUCCAACGUCUCCGAGUCGGAGGAGACGCUAAACUCUGCGUACUGGACUCUCUGCGGUGAAUUGAGCGAGAGUCAGACACCUGCCGAUGACGCUUUAGGCCCAAAAGAUUCCUCUAAUGGAGAAAUUAACCACACUGACCAGUUUGAAGAAUCCCUCUGUGGGGCGGAGGACAAGACAACAACACUCGAGCCGAGUUUCACAAUAGGGGAAGAUUUAAGUUUACAACUACACCCUGCAGCACCAAUAGACUCUUACAUGAGCUGUAAUCCAAAACCCCAGCCUGCUGUCUUAGAUGAUAUGUUCUCAAAAUCCCCGCAGGCGCAAAGUGCUACACUACACCGCUCCCAGUCUGAGGGCAAGCUGGUGACUCCUUUUGACGAACUCCUAGUGCCCUCCUUUGGGAGCGAUCCCUGCGCACUAAAGGAUUUAUCCUCAGCCCGGCUGCGCCCUGACCUCCCCUCUCUGACCUCCUUUGCUCCUUUUCUAACUCCUGAUCGUAGUAGCUCUCCUUUAGCGCUCUGCCCCCUUUCCUCCUUUGCCAAUGCCUCGGCAGGGUCACCACCCAGCGUGGUAAGAGCCGCCGCGCCAGCUCUCGCCAAUGCAAAGCCAAUGCCUCAGGAGACGCAACAGCAGCAGCAGCAGCAGCAGCAGCAGCAGGCAGCCAAUCAGCAGAACAGCCCCCACCCAGUGAAGCCCCUGACCACUGCCAUGCUGGCUGACGAGAAGCGGACUGAAGGCCGAUCAGUGCUGGCCACCGGCCUCGAGAAGCUCAAGUCCACCAUCCAUCCGGGGAGGAGCAGCCAGCUCAGCGAGCAGGAGACGGAAAGGAAGAAGUCUCUGACAGAAGGAGCGGGCUCGUACUACCACCUCAACCACAACGAACUGGUCGCCCUGCUGGUGCAGCGUGAGUCGGAGAUGGAGAGGCAGAAGGCGGAGUUCAAGCAUCAGAAAGCUCUGCUGGCCAAGCGGGAGGUGGAGCUGAGGAAGCUGAAGCCGCAGGUCAGAGAUCUGGAGGACUACAUUGACACGCUGCUGGUUCGCAUCAUGGAGCAGAAACCCACUCUCCUGCAAGUGCGCUCCAAGUUGAAGUGACGAAAGAGGGGGGGGCGGGGUUGGGGGGAGGGUUUGCAGUUCAGCCCACAUCUUUUCACUCUAACCUCCACAACAGCUCUUUAGUCUUUUCACUGCUAUGCUGUCCUUUUUGAUACAAAUAUUUAGGCACUGAGAAGAUGUCGAGGCGAUGUUUUCCAGCCGGCAUGCUUUACUGUACUGAAACACGUCCUCGUCGAAGGGUUCGGUUCGGGCUGUUCUGAAUGUAGCGGGUCCUCAGGUUGUUUUCAGGUCACACAGCCGGUUGGUUUUAAGCUCACAGGGGGAGUGAGCCCAGUGGGUUUAAAAACAGAAGAAAAAAACCCCAGAUGCUUCCAUUUUUGGUAUCCUGAUUGUAGAAACAACAAUUCCUCCUUUUCACCUCACCUGUCACUUUCUAUCACCUUAUCACAAGAGAGAGAAAUUGUAGGGAUUCAGUCCAUAACAGCAUAUAUCCAGAUAAACACUUAAAGAAGAGCUCACGACUUAAAGGCUACACUUGGCGGUUUGUGUUUUUCAGCCCAUUUACUCCAAAUGAUGUGUGUUGUACAUCAGUGUUGGCCAUUAUCCAAAGUAUGCCGCCAGCUUUGAGCCUGAUUUUCUGCCUUCAAAGCAGCCGUUGGUUUCAGUCGUUUCUGUGCAGCAUGAAAAUGAAAUGGCAGGACUAUUAUCUAUGUAUCACAGUGGGAAUUUUAUCAGCUUUGAUUUUCUGUUUUUUGUCAUCGCGGUGUCAUUAAGUUGAUAAUGCAAUCUGAGAGAGAGCAUGACAUUUAAUGUGUGAGUCAGUUGCCAAAAAAAAGCAGAAAACUCCCAAACUAUUGACUAUCAGACUUUGGAUUUAGGAGUUUCUGUUCAUAAUUGCUGCAUCAUUGCUGCAUAAAUAAAUAAAGGCGACUAAAUGUUCACUUCAGUGGCUUUCAAGUGAAGUUUCUAUAUUCGUAAGUCAACUUUUCAUGCUUAACUGAAAUGAGCUGAAACCAAUGGCCGCCUCAAAAGAUGCAAAUAAAUCUAAAAUAUGCUCUUACGCUUUGGAAAAUAGUCGGCACUAAUGUUUAUUUAAUGAGGUUAAAAACAUAUAAAACAACAUCUCUCUGAUAAAUUCUCCCUCCAUAAUUACAGAUGGUGUGUGUGUGCUGUUUUGGAUUGACUCCCUACAAAUGUUCCCGAGUAAAUAUCGAGUGCUUCGACUAGUUGUUGUUUUUUAAAAACUAUAAACCAAAUGACCGCUGUGAGACUUCAGCCUCGUCAUGUGCACAUUAUUGGGGAACUUGAUUGUAGCUCAUGAAUGUUCAAAAGUGUUCUUAUUCAGCCAGCAAGUGAAUGGUUCUUACUUUUGCUUGUUCUUUCCUUUCUUACCCCCCCCCCCCUUCCUCCUGCUCCUCUUCCUUUCUCCUUUUUUCUUCUUCUCCCUUCUUCCUGUUCAAUGGGCAUGUCUUGAAAUUACCCCAUAAUACUCAGCCACAUAAGCUAACUGAUUCUCGUGUGGGUCAUGGUGUUAUCAGGUGAAGACAGAAUCACUCAGUAUCCUCUUCAGUAUCAAGAUCAGCCAUCACAGCUUCUCUCGGAUCUCACGCUUUAUGCCGUUUCACACGUGUGUGCGUUAUCAACACGCACUCCACAUUCUGGUACUUGACUCCCCUUCUCCUCCUCCUCCUCCUUCCUCCUCCUCCUCGCUGUCCGUGUGUCACAACUCACUUCGGCUCAAGCACGCAUACUGCUACCGCUUUUCAGGUGUUACAAAGGGAUAUAUACCGCAUUUUACAGCAUAUAUGCCGUAUUGAAAUGCCAAAUGCUGCCUUAUUUUUGUCUUUGUUUUUGACGUUCAUUAAGUUGGUUGGUUAUCUAGCACUUCAUCUUACUUGGCGGGGGCGAGGGGUGGAGGAGAGGAGAGGAGAAGAGAGGGAGAGGCAGGUUUUGAAAAAGAAAAAAAAAGCCAUGUGUUCACUGAAGGUUUCUUUAAUUCUUCUGAUGCUUUGUUAUAAUGUUGUUUUUUAGAUCACUGCACAAUAAUAAAUUGUAUGCAUACCAAUAGAACAAUUAGCCGUUAACAGUGAUUUCCUGUGAAAUGCCAAAAAAAUAGAAACACAUAAAAAAACCUAACAAAAAAGAAAUAAAAACAGAAAAAAGAAAAGAGAAAAAAAAGAAGCCAAGCCUUGAAACUUUCUCAAUGGAGCAGAUCGAUACACCGUAAAGUAUUCUGAUAUGAUGCCACGUUUUACAGCAUUUGUGGAUGUUCUUGCACUACUUAAUCGUCAGAACAUAACUAUACUGUACCUGUCUGUUUGAUAUCGGUAUAGUUAGAUUUACUUUCACACCGUACUGCACUUUCUAAUCGCUCUGUGAUUUAAACACUUGGCCUCCUCUUGACACCACGACGAUGAUUAUUAGCCAGUGAGCUUGAAGCAUACAAAACAUCACAAAAAAAAACAACAAAAAACCCCCCCAACAAAACCUGUCUUGUCAUCUCGGUUUCUGCUGUGUGAUCGCAAUAUCAAGUGCAUAGAUGACGAGAGACGUUAUUAAAUGUGACUCGGCACUUAAUGAAGCGCAAGAAUAAACGUCCUCUCUUCCAUGUCUUCCAUUUUAAAUAGUUUUUAUUUAAGUUUCAACCGAUUUGUUUUUUUUGUUUUUUUUUUCGUCCUCGAUUUUGUAGCCGGUGGAACGUGCUUAAAGGUAGUAUGUAAGAUUGGAAAGUUUACAAUUCGUGAUGCAAUUCUGUUUCACAAAUUUUGUAUAUUUAAUAAAGAAUAUUUUGUGUUUCUUGC